AUGUCUGAGCUGUGCUUGUCUAGACCGUCCAGGACUCACCUCUCUAGUCUCCUCCUAUCCAACUUCUUCCUCUUUUGUUCUUUCAUCGCCUCCCACCCUCUCUACUUCACUUACCUCAUCUUCUUCUCACCCUACCUUCUCAAGCUCCUCUCCUUUCUUUCCCCUCUCUUCAUUACCACCUCCCUCCUGCUCCUUGCCCUCCUCACAGCCUCUCCUUGUCUCAUAGUAAGUGGCAGCUUCUCCAAGGAAUCAUCCGAUUCCCAUGCCGAAAGCAAGGGGAGUUUCCUGACUGCUGCAUAUCAUGCAGUUGUAGAAAGGCUGAGGUCCAAAAUUGAUGAUCACAAUGAGGAGGAACUUCUUUGUCUGGAGGACUUUGAGGUGUUCAAGAUUGUGUUUGGCAAUCCCACGACCCAGGAUGAUAAAGAAAGCCAAGUUGAAGGCUUUGAUGCGGAAGUACUAGUUGAGGAUACUUCUCUUAAAGCUUCAAAUGCUCCGGUUAUUGCUGCAUGUGUUGGACAUCAAGAUUUCGGCGUAACCUCAAACGAAGCAUUAAUGGCAAGUAAAUUGGAAUCAGAGUCAGAGGCCUUUGUUGAAUCGGAAAGUACCUGUGAUGCAAUGGAGUGCUUCCUGCAAGAAGUAGAUGAGUCUGAGAACGUGAAAGUGAAUGCAACUGUGGAAAAGAAGAAAAUCGAGCCACCCUGCACGGUGGCCAAUAAAGCAGUUGACAAUCAUGGAGAAAAGUCACCAAUGAGAAAUGGAUCCGAGGCAGCAGGUAAUAAAAUAAGACACGCUACUACUACUAAUACUACUAAUUCAGCUGAAGUUGGUAAAGGCAACGGGAUCAUGGAGUCCAAGUCAAAGCUACUAAAAGCGCAUUCUCAUAGUGUUGGCGCCAGUGCUGAUUACACUAACGACAAGUGUAUCUGGAAAAUACAGAAGAGUUCUCCAUCCCUGGAUUACAAUCUUGGGGGCUAUGGAUCAAUGAGGAAGGGGAAGGAUUGGAAAAGGACAUUGGCGUGCAAGCUUUUCGAGGAGAGAAACAAUGCGGAUGAAGGUGAAGGGAUGGAUUUAUUGUGGGAGACCUACGAGGUGGAAUCGACUAAGAGCAAGGCAAAGAGCAAGAGCAAGAAGAAGAGUCACAAGAAGAAAAAUGAAAGCAAGCAUCGUGAAUGCGAAGAUAUCAGCUGCGAUGGGCACGAUGAGGAUGAGGAGGAGGAGGAGUCAGAGGGGCAGUUUUGUUGCUUGCAAGCCCUUAAGUUGUCAGCAGGAAGGGUGAAUUUGGGAAUGGCAAGGCCUAAUCUCGUUAAGAUCUCUAAAGCCAUUAAAGGAAUUGGGUGGCUGCAUAAUCUGAGCAGGCAUAGCAAGAAGGUGCACAGUGGAGACAGAUUCUAA